UAUAUAAACCAUAAAGUCAGAAACACAACAUAUUCGAAACCUGCAAUUCCAAAUUCAUUUCUAGCCAUGGCCAAAACUUCCCAAACCCUCCCAGUUCUUACAUCUACCCUACUCAUAUUUUCCUUCACUGUUCUUUUCUCUACAACCCUAGGGCUCAAAAACCAAGAGAAGCUAAGCCACCUCCAUUUCUACUUCCAUGACAUAGUCAGCGGUCCAAACCCUGCUGCCGUCUGGGUUGCCCAAACACCCAUCUCCAAAAAAUCCCCAACCCUAUUCGGCUCUAUAGCCAUGUUCGAUGACCCGCUAACCGUAGGCCCCACAAGGAGCUCCAAACUUGUGGGUAGAGCACAGGGGUUAUACGGGUCAGCCUCACAGAGUGAAGAUGCUUUGUUGAUGGCCAUGAACUUCGUAUUUUAUGAAGGGAAUUAUAAUGGGAGCAGUCUCAGUGUGCUGGGUCGAAACUCCGUGCUUGAAGCUGUGAGAGAGAUGCCGGUAAUCGGCGGAAGUGGGGUUUUCCGGCUGGCUCGCGGGUAUGUUCAGGCGAAGACUGUCACGUUUAAUGCAACCAGUGGGGAUGCUCUUGUUGAAUAUGAUGUGUUUGUCUUCCAUUAUUGACUUGUCUGCUUUUCUCAUCUCCACAAUGUUGUCUUCGGUCAAAGUGUAGUAGGUGGAGUGGUGGGGUUUUGCUUUUUGGUGUAUAGCCAUGUUAGGUCGAAAUGAUUUCUUCGCUUCUUUAUUUCUAGCAUUUCAAUUUCGAUUGAAAAAUAAACUAAAAAGAAUAAAUAAACAUAAGUAUAUAGAAAGAAAAAAAACGAAUGUGUCAGAACCAUUUUCCUAUACGAUAUGAAUGUUGAAUGGUUCGAAAUAAUCCAUCCUACUUUUUUUUCUUUUUUCUUUUGUUGUGUGGUGGGUGAGAAGUUUUUGUCCUGAAACAAAAUUUAAGUUUUGCUUUAUUUCUUGUAAUUGAAAAGUGGUUCCUUAAUCUCUUAAAACUCAUAUUUCAUUCAUUUUACAUGUUUUUGUGAAAUCCAUCCGAGUUCAGUUAAGUAUGCAAUUACGUGGAAGGGGUAUUAGCAAAGUUUGCUCAAACAUUACAAAGCCUUGAAUAGGCUCAAAAUUCACUGAGUUAAUCUACCGCUCGAAUGUGUUACGCGCUCAAACUUCAUAGCCUCAAGUUCCAUAGACAAUGGCUACUUUGUCAGCUUUGUCACCUACAACUAUAUUAAUCAAGCUGUUUAAAUGAUGAAAUAUUCAGAUAGGAAAGAAUACAGUGCGACUAAUAAGUACAUAAGUCCUUUGUGCCAUUAUCUUAAAUUGAUCUAGCACUGGCACCUGAUGUCGUAUUUGAUUUUGGUUGAGUGCAACGGGAGGGGGGGAAGUGAGAAGAAAGAAUAGAGUUGUGGUUUUGGCACAUACUAAAUGCUACUCUAUAUGUCACAUUUCAGGGUUCAGCCUAAAUAUUUAUAUAUACUAAAACUCACACAAAAAACACUGUUCAUUAAUAGUGUUCUUCCAUUUUCACCCCUGCUUCUUUUUUGUCAUCUGAACUUUGCCCUAUUGCUUUGUUGUCAAAUGAGUAACAGUUUUGUGGGAACGUGCUCGAAGGCUCUUCCAUUUUCUUCUGUCACUUUUCCCUUUCUCUUCCUCUCUGUUUCUGUGCUUUUCUCCCUGCGUCAAUCCUUCGUGUUUCCUUGCUUCUCUCUGCCUCCUCCUUCGCCUAAGAACCGCUGGUCAAUCUGGUUUCUCUGGCUUCUUCCGAUGGCGACCAAGAUUUCAUCAUGGAGGAGAUGAAUGAUGGAGGUCAAUUGGAUCUUGAAUACGAUUUCUACCGUGAGACUUGCCUAGAAACUGAGACCAUUGUGAGGGUCGAUGAUGGCGUAUAUUUACUCCCACCAAAAGAAUGUCUCUGCCCAAUUGAUGCACCUUUUCUUCCAUGACUGCUUCAUUAGGUCCCAUUUUUGGAUAUCCGAAUAUGCGCUCGAACUAACUCUCCAAGGCCGCUGAUCUUGGAUUCGCCACUCCUAUAUUUCCUUACUCGGAUUCAUUUCCGACGUUUUAAUUCUACGGAAUCAGUAGAAUGUCAAUGAUCGAUAAAAGAAUCCUCUUCCAUCAUCUUCCCUGCUAUAAAUAUAUACAUAUGUGUGUGUGUGUGUGUGUUUGUGUGUGUGUAUAAUUAUUAUGUACAUAUGUAUAUCCCAAUGUACGAAGAACAAUAGGAGAAGUCUACAUGCAACAUAAAACUAAGCAUUAAUUUAGGAACCAGUUCAGCAUACAUACAGUUUUGUACUUUCCUUUUGUCAAUCUUCUCUUCUGUACUGUAUCGUUAUUUUGAAAAUUCAUUAGGAGAACUACUUCGAGGUUUAAUUCAUUUUGUGUAAUCAGUUUUCUUAAGUGGAAGCAAUAAGUAUGUUUUAUACGGCAUAUUUUAAAUAAUACAUAAAAAAUUACUUUCUAAAGAUUGAUGUGAAAAUUUAUAAACUGAAUUAAAUUUAAGAAACGCAUGAAUGAAUCAGCAAAGAAUUGAAAUGUUAUUUCAUUUUUAAUGCUUUUAAUUGAUUUCAUGUUUAUGUUUGAAUCAGUAAAGAAACGUUGCUAAUGGUGUACCUGUGACGAUUCAACGUUGAUAUGCUUCUGUGUCAAUUGGCUUCAGUUAUUUGUUUCUGCUGCUGAUCGGCUGUCAUCGCACUAUAAACUUGGUUGCAAGGCAAGUUGAAAACGCACAAAAGUUUGAUCGCAUCCUAUAGAAUUGCCAGAGAAGGUCAUCUCCAUUUUCUUACAAAAUCAGACUUCUUUCUGCAUGCAGAAACACUAGCUUCCAUUUUCUCUACUUAAGUAGUGCAGGGCCAUCAUAUGGUUAGUAAAUUAAAGAUGUUCCCUCAAUUUCAUUAAAUAACUUAAGCUUGAAUAAAUCUUGGUAACCCAUUGUAAACACGAAUUUUCCUACGAUGAAACGAGACAAGAACACGUGUACAAAAUAAUAUUUUGUAUUAAUGAUUUGGGGUUACAAUCUCUUUAUAGUUUGAUCCUCUGAUUCGAUCUCCGUAAGAUGUAGAUUUGUGGAUGUUUUGUUGACCCAAGGGCCGUCAAGGCUUGAUCUUGGAUGAACGGUUGGAAGUUUCUUCAAGAGCCUUCGGGGCUUGAUCUUGAAGGUUGAGGGAAGUUUCUUCAAGGGCCUUCGGGGCUUGAUCUUGAAAGUUGAUGGAAGUUUCUUCAAAGGCCUUCAGGGCUUGACCUUGAGGGUUGAGGAUGAAUAGAUCUUCAAGGGCUUUUGGGCUUGAUCUUGAAGAAUGGAUGUGUGGAUUUGUUGAUGUUGUUGAUCCAAAGGGCCGUUAGGGCUUGAUUUUAGGAUGAACGGAUGAUGAACGAUGAACACUUUCUUCAAAGGCCAUCAGGGUUGGAUCUUGUAGGAGGACUUGACGAAGAACGAAGAGGGCUUUCUUGAUCCUUCGACAUUUGCUUGAGAGCUCUAGAGUUUCAAAGCUUCAAGAUUUUGGUGUGAUGUGAAUUGGUGUAGUGAAAUGAAUGAAAUUGACUUCUGUUUAUAGAAAUUUUCAAGGCCUAAUUUUGAAUAUAAUAUUCAAAUGAAAUAAAUCAUUUAUGUCAAGUGUUGACAUAUGUCCUAUUUGAUGACU